AUGCCACCUGCGCGGCCGCCGAUCGUCUUCACGGUGACCCCCGCCGACAGCGAGGGCACAUCACAGUCCUCAUUUGAUGAAGACUAUCCAGAGGAGCCUUGCGGAACCAAAAGCCCUACUUCAGCUACGACCCCAAACCUGAACCCGCUUUCGCCCUCCUAUUCAGCACCUGCUAAAUUGCCCGACUUCGAGCAGUUCACCAGCUUCUACAUAACCAUCAAAAUUCAGAUGCUAUCCACCUGGUUCUGGGCAGCGAUUAUGAUCUGCUCGGCGUCGUUACUCAUCUCCCAGGUCGUCAACAUCACCACACUGUACACCAGCAAGCCGAUUGUUUCUCAGGUCUCCUUCCUCAUCGAGGAUUCCGGCAUCCAAUUCCCGGUGGUCACCUUCUGCAACUUCAACCCCAUCAAGAAGUCGUGGCUGCAGAAAAUCAACGCGACGGGGCAGUUCAGUGAAGAUUUACUGGACUAUUUGUUACAAGCCAAUGUUGAGAUGCAGGCUCUCUACAGUAAUGCUAACCCAGCCGAGCUGGCGGCCGGUCAGAAAAUCAUGGACGCCUACAAGAAAAAUGUGGAUCCGAGGCUGUCGGUGGACAAAUUUUUCUUUGAUGGAGGAUUUGAAUGCAAUGAGAUCAUGAAAAUCUGCUCGUUUGGAGGGCGAAAAUUUGACUGCUGCAAGCAUGCCGAGUCGGUGUUGACCCCGUUGGGAAGGUGUUACACGCUCGACCUGAGCCGAUUUGGUGAACCUUGGAUGUGGAAGCAGGUUGCGGCUGGCGAAUAUAACGGGCUUCAAGUGCUGAUGGACUCCCACCUCGAGGAGAUUUCUUACAGCGGAUCUGGAGAAGAAGCAGACCCCGUGUUUACGAACUCGUUUGAGAAUGGUUUCCGAUACUUUGUCCACGCGCCAAAGACUCUUUCAUUCGUAGCCUCUGAAGGGAUUUCCGUAUCCCCGGACACCAGAGCCUAUUCUUCGAUCUCAUCUACAAAUUACGUUCUUCUCGAUACGCAAAAUUGGGGCACCUGCGUGACGGAGUGGCCUGAAAAAUACCAGACUGACAUUCCGUACUCGUCCGGAAACUGCGCCCUCCAGUGCAAGGCCCGUUUCUACCACGAUCGGUGUGGAUGUGUGCCGUUUAUGUACAACCUGGAUUACAAAAAACCCACCUGUACCCCGCACGAGAUGUUCGUAUGUAUGGAGGGCACUGUCAAGAAUAAUGGCACCGACUUUGAGAUGCCAGACUGCAAGGACUGCGCCGUGGAGUGCGAGUCAUGGCAGUACAACGCCUUCAACUCGUAUGGUGUCGGAUUUUCGGAGGGCUCAAUCAAAUGGCUGAUGGAGAGGAACCGAAAUUGGACGUACGAUCAUAUUAAACAAAACUUCCUGGCCGCCUCGAUCUUCUUCAAAGACCUCACCUACACGCAGUACAACCAAGUGAAGGGAAUCUCACUCUCGGAGACACUCAGUGACAUUGGCGGAAACAUGGGCUUAUGUUUCGGAAUGUCGGUCAUCACCUGCACCGAGAUCAGCAUGUUCCUCGCCAAGCUCUUCUGGAUAACCGUCUCUAAGAAGCGGCGCAGCUACAUGGAGGAGAAGAAGCAGAAGGAGAAGGAGAAAGAAGAAGCCGUCGAUCGGAUCGCGUCGGAGAUGAACAUCGAGCGUCUUUUUAAAGCCUUCCAAAGUCAGCAGCAUGUCUCAGAAGAGCUGCCUGACAAAAGCCAUACAAAUAUUUCGAUUGAUUUGACGGAUGAGGGAUUUCCGCCCUCGGAAGACAAUACACCGCCCGGCUCCAACUCGGAGCGACUUUGC